GAGCACCUUGUGUCCGGUGGUCCGGGACUAAUGCACCAGUCUGCGGCUAGAGUCCCGCAGACUCAAGGGGCGGGAGCAGCUUUUCCGCCUUUGCCACACGCUGGUGCUGCUGGAGGGUCGGGACAAGGAGGAUCAGGCUCCUUUUAAGGGUCCGCUAGAUCGGGUUCACGUUGCCGCUCGUUUUGCCGCUCCUAAGGGAGAGGGGCAUAACAAGCGGGGGAAGCGAACACCAAAAACCUAUCUCUAACACUUGGCAGCAGCAGCAGCAGCAGCAGCAGCAGCAGCAGCUAUGCAGGCGUCGUUUGGGAAUGUUCCACCUGCCUCAGCCGGAGCAGGACCAAAUAUUCCUGUCCUAGGGGCAAACGCUGCGAACGCUUUGCAAGCCUCCGCCGCAGCGAGACUUGGAUUUCUUAUGAGGUUGGUUCUUUUGUCGACAGUUCUGAAAGUGAAUCAUCGCAAAAAUUUAGGUUGUCUCUAUUUGAAUUCACUACAUAUUACAUGUAGAAACAUGAAAAACAAAAACUAAAUUUUUCCUCGCACCUCUAAGCCUUCCCCGUCCACUCUUCCACCCACAAGUGCUCUGCCGACCGGUUUCUUACCGCUUCCGUUUUCGACUCCGCCUCUUCCUGGUGCUCGAUCUGUGCUUGGUUCUCUGUUCAGCUCUCUUGGCCAGAUGGGUGCUGAUCCUUAUGGCACACGCUUCCUAGGAUGCCCGCCACCAUGGAAUCCGAACCCUAACAUGAUGCAUCACGCUCCAGGGUCACUUCAACAGCAUUUGAGAGGAUACCACAAUAACCAUUCGACCGCAGGAUGGAAUGCAGCAAACAAUGGUGGAAAGGGGAAAAGUGUUGGGGCAAAUCAAUAUGGCGCAACUGGUGGGGCGAAUCAAUAUGGCGCAAAUGCUGGUGGGGCGAAUCAAUACGCGAACAACGGAGGUGCCAUGAACCAAUAUCAUAAUGGAGCUGGAAAGGGAGUUGGAGCUGGAGAGGGCUCUUUCUAUGGAAAAGGGAGACGACGACAUCCAAGAUUUAAUUUGAACGUGCCGGCGCCACCUGGUAGUUUGUAAUUUUUUCGUUGGUUCUUCGAUCGAUCUUGAAAAAGAAGAAUUGACUGUUGUUUACGCGUAGCAGCAAAGUAAAAGUUCUCACUUCCUCUCAGACCCUUGUUGUCCAUAGCAACUUAAUUUCCAUCCCCUCACAGCUGGCAAAGGCUACGACACUGCCUCGAAGAACUACAAGACGAAGGCCAAGACUGCUUCGAAUACGACUGAGAAAGAGAAAUCAACAGCUUCUACAACUGGUGAAGUAAAAGAAUCAACAUCUUCUUCUGUAUCUGUAUCAGUAUCUGGUUGUGUACAAGCCGCCGAACAAGUGACGGAGUCAGCCGCGGCUGUUGUUGAUGAGGUGCCUGCAACUGAUGUGCCAGAAAUAGUUGCGGAACAGCAACAGACUAGUACUACAGCAGAAGCCGGCGUCCCGGAAUUCGCUGCAGGUGACGAAGAAGCUAGUUAUAUCACAGCAGGAGAUAUUAAUGACCAAGCUGUUAUGGAUGAGGGAGUGGCGAAAGACGCGGAUGCAUAUGCUGCGGAGGAGUAGAUGCAGUUGAGUUGAUAUGAUGGUGAAAAAAAAACGAUAUCUGUUUGUGAACGUUAUACUAGACGGUAGGGGCGGUACUAGGACUAUGUAAAAGAUUUUUAAGGUGGUGAAAGAGACGCAAGUUCUUAGAGCUAGUAUGAAGAAGUCCUAGAUAAAGCAGCGCCAUCGCAGAUGGUGGUCGAGCCGCACGGGCGGGUAUAUUUUUAUGUACAAUAGCGAGCAAAUAUUGUGAUGCAAAGACGCUACGAGCUAUCAUGAAUAGGUAUAACCUGUAUCCUAACGGGAGUGAGCGCGCACGCACUCUACCCACGCGGGCAUGACAUGACUAAAAAUAUUAGGCUGAGAACUAGUUUCUUGAUCUCAUUCUUCAUCUUGAACAAUGUUAGACUUAAAAUGUUGUACUUAGGUCACUGCACUUAGUCUUAGUUAUACUGUGAUGUACUGGGUAAUAAAUAAGAGUUGAGAUGAGUACUUAUCAUUAUCAGUUUUUUUUUGUCUGGUACAACUGCGAGGACAACAAGAAUAAUUGCGAUGUGUUUCAUUACAGUUUAUCGUACGUUCUUCAAGGUGCGCCGUCGUACUUCUGCGUGGUGCAGUGCAUCAGUACCAUCUAGAGAGUACCAUCUGGAAAAAACGCUAAAUUUGAGACUAGCAUGACACGAUUAUGUAUUCCAUUGUUACUGAACAAUUUUUUAUGAUUCUUGAUGUUGUUAUCGAUAUCGUUAUUAUUUCAUUUUGUUGAUCUUUUACGUAGAAUCUAUCAUGAACAAUGACAUUUAUUACGGCGUAAUUAUUGUGGUACCUACUGGGGCACGAUUGACAUUCGUGUAUAUUGUUUUAUUUAGUGUUUUUUCUAGAAAGAUCGAUGAAGAUCUCCAAUAUAGAUUUGUGCAGAGCAUCAGGGAAAUGUAGGGUAAAUGUCGCGGAAGAUAAUACUGAUUUUUUGAGAUGGUCACGGACUAUCAUUCUUCCUUAGUGUGUGGGUUAAACGGGUGAUGUCUGUAUAUAUCUGAGUAGUAGUUCCUACUCAUCAUAACUGCAACAGAAAGGAAUUUGCAUCGCAAGGACUAGAAACUUAUUCAAUCAAGAUUGGCGUGGAAAUGAAAUUUCGCCAGUCACUAGAAAAUUGAUAUAAUGAAGUGGGCCUCUCUGUUAUCUUCCCCGGAAUCGAUAGGAUGAGGCGGAGACACCAUGUCGACGGAAGAGCCGAAAACACCAAGCAUUACAGCGCAAGUUACGGCUUAUGGUGCUCGUGGGGAAGAUUCUAGAGCAAAUUUCGCAGUCUGCUAAGCGUCGCAAUUUUUCCAAGAAUUUGAGGUAAAAAAGAAUUUUCGUGACACAAGUGGUUCGUUGUCCCACCUAAUACUCCUUACGGCUUCUAUGAGCUCUAUGUAUUCUUUCAUGUUGUACGUAGGAGGUAAAAUGAGGUCGUUCAAGUACAUGUUGAGUACCAAGAAUUAUUUGUACGUAGCCAGUUUAACUGUUUUUUUCUUCAUGUAAAGAUUCGAAUUUCAGCACAGGAGGCUGGCAGAAAGGUGUGAUUGAACAGAGAACUUCUACUAAAUAUAUUGUUGAAAAUAAAUAUAAGUGAUGUUUAUGAUGAUAUUUCAAAAUCAAAUUCAAAUAUCGAAUUGAAGAAUCAACAAAAACUGUAGUUCGCGAAAUUUUUGUAUCAGUGGGAUAUGGAGGAAUUUACACAUCGAAGCUUAAAUUCUUGGCUCACCGGAUGAUUGCAACACACAAAUCUUUCUUGAAAGAAUUUAAUCGAAAAAAUUCAUGUAUCUGAUUUACAAAGUCGAGUCUACCACGCG